AUGUUUCUUUACAACCUCACACUUAGUCCAACAACAGCCAUCAAUCAGGCCAUCCAUGGCAAUUUCUCUGGUACAAAACAGCAGGAGAUCAUCGUCGCUCGUAAUACGCGUAUUGAGCUAUUGAAGCCUGAUCCAACUACCGGAAAGGUGCAUACAAUUCUGUCACAUGAUGUGUUUGGAUUAGUCCGUAGUUUGGCUCCUUUCCGCUUGACUGGUGCCAGUAAAGAUUAUAUUGUGGUUGGGUCUGAUUCUGGUCGCAUUGUCAUUCUCGAGUAUAACCCGGCAAAAAACACAUUCGACAAGGUUCAUCAAGAGACUUAUGGAAAGACUGGCUGUCGUCGUAUUGUACCUGGACAUUACCUUGCUACCGAUCCUAAAGGUCGUGCAGUAAUGGUCGGUGCAGUCGAAAAGCAGAAAUUGGUUUAUAUUCUCAAUCGUGACUCAGCCGCUAAGCUCACCAUCUCUUCUCCACUGGAAGCUCACAAAAGCCAUACCCUUAUUCAUCAUAUCGUCGGAUUAGAUGUUGGAUUCGAGAAUCCAGUAUUUGCAUGUUUGGAAGUGGAUUACACCGACGUUGACUCAGAUGUGACCAACGAAGCAAUGGAAAAUAUCGAGAAAGUCUUGACAUAUUAUGAACUUGACCUUGGUCUCAACCAUGUAGUUAGAAAGUGGACAGAAGUAGUAGACAUCAAGUCGAAUAUGUUGAUCCCAGUACCUGGUGGUAAUGAUGGCCCCUCUGGUGUAUUAGUUUGUACUGAAAACUUCAUUACAUACAAGCAUCAGGAUAUGCCCGAUCAUCGUAUCCCAAUCCCCCGCCGUGCACAGCCCCUCGAAGAUUCUUCCAGAGGUGUUAUCAUUGUAGCCUACACAGUCCAUCGUAUGAAGAUCAACAGACAGACCCAGUUUUUCUUUUUACUACAGUCAGAGGAAGGUGAUCUUUACAAAGUUACUAUGGAUCACGAAGAAGGAUCUGUUCAGGGUAUGACUAUUAAGUACUUUGACACUAUUCCGGUUGCCACAUCCCUCUGUAUUCUCAAAAGUGGUUUCCUCUUCGCUGCUAGUGAGUUUGGUAACCAUCAACACUAUUCGUUCGAAAGUCUUGGUGACGAUCCUGAUGACCCAGAAAUCUCUUCAGCAGAUUACAUGGAGGCAGAAGCCAGCCAGGAAGAAACCCCUCUCGUGUACUUCAAACCUCGUCCAUUAAAGAACUUAUUACUGGUUGAUGAGUUGGACUCAAUGGCACCUUUGAUGGACGCUAAGGUCCUAAAUUUGGCUGACGAAGAAACACCUCGUAUUUAUGGACUUUGCGGCAAGGGCUCCCGUUCAUCUUUGCGUAUUCUCAACCAAGGCCUUGAGGCCGCAGAAUUGGCUGUUAGUGAGUUGCCUGGCAACCCUAGUGCAGUAUGGACAGCCAAAUUGCGUCGUGAUGAUGCCUACCAUGCAUACAUCAUUGUAUCAUUUGCCAAUGCCACCUUGGUACUAUCAAUUGGUGAAACUGUAGAAGAAGUUACAGAUACCGGGUUCUUGACAACAGCCCCAACAUUAGCAGUACAGCAGAUGGGUGAAGAUGCCCUUGUUCAAGUCUAUCCUCAAGGUAUUCGCCACACACAUGCCGAUCGCCGAGUGAACGAAUGGAGAGUACCAGGUGGACAAUCAAUUAUCGAAGCCGCCACCAACAACCGUCAAAUUGUUAUCGCGCUAUCAGGCGGAGAAAUUGUUUAUUUUGAAUUGGACAACCAAGGUCAACUUAACGAGAACCAAGAACGCAAGCAGAUGACUUCAAAUGUUACCAGUCUUGCCUUGGGAGACGUUCCUGAAGGGCGUCAAAGAUCCCGCUAUUUGGCUGUUGGAUGUGAUGAUCAAACAGUCCGUAUCUUGGGUGUGGAUCCAGAUGCUUGCCUUGAAUCAGUGUCGAUGCAGGCCGUUCAAGGUGUACCAUCUAGUUUGUGUAUUGUAGAGAUGCUGGACACCGGAAUCGAACGUGGCCAUGGAACACAGUAUCUGAACAUUGGUCUUACUAAUGGUGUUCUUCUCCGCACUGUUCUUGACACUGUCAGUGGACAAUUGUCUGACACUCGUACUCGGUUUAUUGGUGCACGCAGUGUCCGCCUCUUUAAGAUCUCUGUUCAAGGUAGACCCGCUGUAUUGGCACUUUCUACUAAGCCUUGGGUGAGCUACACCUUCCAAAACAGACUUUACUUGACACCUCUCAGCUAUGAUGCAUUGGAGUUCGGUAGUGCCUUUAUUAGUGAACAGUGCGCUGAGGGCGUAGUCGCAGUAGCCGGAAAUACCUUGAGAAUUUUCACUGUGGAGAAGCUCGGUACUAUAUUCAACCAGGUUUCUAUUCCCUUAAAGUAUACUCCUAGACGCUUUGCUCUUCAUGCCCCCACAAAGACUUUUGUGGUAGUAGAGAGUGAUAAUGCCACAUUUUCUCCAGACGAAAAGAAAAAGGGGCUUGCUAUCAAGGAAAGCGAAGGGUUUGAGAUUGAUGAAGACAUUGUCAACCUGGACCCUGUUCAAUUUGGACACGUUCGUGCUGAGCACGGCAAGUGGGCCAGUUGCAUUCGACUUAUUGAACCCUUCCAAGGAGAAACAUUACAUGAAAUUGAGUUGGAAGAAAACGAGGCUGCAUUUAGUGUAGCCAUGGUUCAGUUCCGUGUCAACCCUCAUGCUGCAGACGCUUCUGAAGUAUUUGUAGUUGUAGGUACUGCUAAGGAUGUUGUUUUGGCACCACGAUCGUGCUCUUCUGGUUUUUUGCGUGUCUACAGACCUGUUCAAGAUCUCCAGGGCCGUCUUCAGCUUGAUCACAUCCAUACUACAGCAAUAGACGAAAUUCCCAUGGCACUGCUGGGCUUCCAGGGACGUCUGUUAGCAGGUGUAGGAAAAGCUCUUCGUAUCUAUGAUAUCGGUAAGAAGAAGAUGCUCCGAAAGUGUGAAAACAAGGGUGAUCGUAUCAUUGUCUCUGAUAUCCAAGAGUCAAUCCAUUACGCUGUCUACAAGCGAACAGAUAACCGCAUUGCAGUAUUUGCAGAUGACACAACCCCACGCUGGACUACAGCUACAGCUAUGAUUGAUUAUGAUACCGUAGCUGGUGGUGACAAGUUUGGAAACUUCUUUGUGGACCGGUUACCACAGCAGCUCAGUCAAGAAAUCGAUGAAGAUACAACCGGCAACAGGAUCUUUUACGAAAAAGGAUACUUGCACGGUGCACCCAAUAAGAUUGACAAUCUCUGUCACUACUUCACCGGGGAUAUUAUCACAUCAAUCCACCGAACUACAUUAAUAUCCGGUGGCCGUGAGGUGCUUCUGGCAACAUCCCUAUUGGGAUCCAUAUCGAUCUAUGUUCCCUUUGUCUCUAAAGAAGAUGUCGACUUCUUCCAAAUGCUAGAAAUGCACAUGCGCGCAGAGGCACCUCCUUUGGCUGGCCGGGAUCAUUUGGCUUACAGAAGUUUUUAUACACCUGUUCGCUCUGUGAUAGAUGGAGAUCUGUGUGAGCAAUAUAACACAUUGACACCAGAUAAGAGGAGGGCUAUUGCAGAAGAAUUGGAUCGAUCUGUAGCUGAAGUACAAAAGAAGAUUGAAGAUAUGCGUGUCAGAUCAGGUUUCUAAACGAUCUUAGACAAAAAAAAAUCAUGCAACGAGGAGAUAAAUAAAUGAAUAAAACACUGAAUGAAUAAUGCAAAUUAGAUUAUUCUCUGU